AUGAUCGAAAUCAUCAGGACCGACUGGGAUCCCAGCUUUAAGGAGGGCAGGCAAUAUGGAAGCUGGAAAUCGGGUGGUCAGGUCAGAGAUGAAUAUCAUCAAGAUUAUGAUGCAGGAAGAGCUGACCAUUCAAGGAGCAGAAAUGUCUCUGGGCAACAUAUUUCCCAUAGAUUAGAGACGUCUGAACAAAUCACAACUCGCAAAGAAUCAAUACAAACUAACAGAAAGUUGCCACGCAGGAAUCGUAUAAAGAUUGUGAGAAUUACUGCAGAAGAAAUAAACCAAUAUGAAGAAUUAAAAGCUGCAGAUUCCUUUUUAUCUCUAUGCAGUGAAAAAACACAUAAGGAGCGCGCUUCUUCUAACAUCAACAAUAUUAGUACAAAGACUAACAAAGCACAGAAAUUUAGCAACAAUGUUUUAGAAAAAGAUAAGAAUAAACAUGAAAAUGCACGCUCCUUGCCAUCCUAUAAACAAAGAAAAAAAGUCAAAGCAAAUAAACGUUUUGUAUGUUCAGAAUGUAGCAGAAGAUUUAAUUUUAAAGCGCACCUUAUUGCACAUCUGAGAACGCACACAGGCGCCAAACCAUUUUCAUGUUCUGAAUGCGGUAAGUGUUUUAGCCAGCAAGCAAAUCGUAAUAAACACAUGAAAAUUCACACUGGAGAAAGACCAUUUAAGUGUAUGGAUUGUGAGAAAUCUUUUAUUAACAAAGUUGAUCUUGUUCAUCACCAGAGGACACACACAAAAGAGAAACCAUUUUCAUGUUCUGAAUGUCAGAAGCAGUUUCAUAGUAGUGCAGAUCUUGCUAGACAUCAGAAAUUGCACACGGGAGAAAUAUCAUUUAGUUGUUCUGAAUGUGGAAAAUCUUUUACUACAAAAAAUUAUCUUAUUCGACAUCAGAAAAUGCAUACUGGUGAUAAACCGUUUGAAUGCGAUAAACAAUUUAAAUGUUUUGAAUGUGGAAAAUGUUUUCUUUAUAAAAACCAGCUUCUCAGACACAAGAGAAUACAUACAGGAGAGAAACCAUAUGCAUGUUCUCAAUGUGAGAAACCUUUUACCACUAGCCAUGAACUUCUUAUGCAUGAGAGAACCCAUAGUAGUAUAAGACCAUUUGUAUGCUCUACAUGUGGAAAAAGUUUUAUAACCAAUGGCCGACUUCUUGUUCAUCAGAGAAUCCAUACUGGUGAUAAACCUUACAAAUGUACAGAAUGUGAGAAAUGUUUUCACACUAAAGCAAUUCUUAAUAAUCAUCAUAAAGUUCAUACAGGAGAGAGACCGUAUCAGUGUUCUCAUUGUAGUAAAUGUUUUAGAAGCAGUACAGAUCAGAGGAUACAUGAAAUGACUCAUACAGGAAAUAAACCAUUUGCAUGUUCUGAAUGUGGGAAAUCAUUUGUUAAUAAUGCAAGGCUUGUUGAGCAUCAGAGAACACAUACAGGAGAAAAACCAUUCUCAUGCUCUAAAUGUGGAAAAUGUUUUACAACUAACACACUACUUGCUCAGCAUCAGAGAACUCAUACUGGAGUUAAACCUCAUGAAUGUUCUGAUUGCGGAAAAUGCUUUUCUAAUAAGGGACACCUUUUGCGUCAUCAAAAUAUUCACAAGGGAGAGAAAUCUUUGCCCUGUCCUGAUUGUGGAAAAAGCUUUAGCAGUAACGCAUAUCUUGUUAUACAUCAGCGACAACACACGGGAGAGAAGCCAUUUGCAUGUCCUGAAUGUGACAAAUGUUUUACCAACAGCACAGAUCGUAAUGUGCAUCUGAGAAAGCAUACAGGAGAGAGACCAUUUGAGUGCACUGUGUGUGGGAAACGGUUUACUAGUGGUGCUGUUCUUGGUAAACAUCAGAGAAUGCACACAGCAGAGAGAUCAUUUGUAUGCCCUGAAUGUGGUAAAGCUUUUACCAAGAAAGUGUAUCUGGCUACACAUCUAACAAUACACACAGGUGACAAACCAUUUGCAUGUUCUGAAUGUGGAAAAGGUUUUAUUAAUAAUUCACAGCUUGUUGUUCAUGAGCGCAACCACACUGGCGUCAAACCUUUCCCAUGCUCCAUAUGUGGAAAAGCAUUUGCAACUAAGCCUAUUCUUGCUCGGCAUCAAGUAAGUCACCUGGAAACAAAACAAUUUGAAUGCUCUAAAUGUGACCAACGCUUUGCCAGUAAAACUUAUCUUAAUAAACAUAUGGAAAUUCAUACUGAAGAAAAGCGAUUUGAAUGUCUUGAGUGCGGUAAACGAUUUAGAAGACGUACGCAUCUUUAUAGCCAUCAAAAAGUACAUAAAUAA